UGUUUGGUUUUAUUUUGGAGUUUAUCCUUUUAGCAGCCACUUUUAUUUGUCAAAGUGAAUCAUCACUUUAUGUACACGAUCUUUGUCGGCAGGUUAGACGCUUUCUUGACGAUCUCAGACGAUUUUUCUCGAAGUUCUCCGCCGCCGGUCGCGCUGUCCCCUUUAAACAGGCGUCUCUCCGCAGUUUUCCACCCUCUUUGUCCGCCUGUCUGCUCAUUCCCCUUUAAGGUGAUGUCGUACCCACUUCUGGCUUAUUAUUCCCUCUUGUUCCUGUUGUAAUGUCGGCGCUCGGACACUCGGACUAACAGCAGCACCGAACCGGGUCCCCCAUCACAUGUCCAAACCCCGGAGCCUUAGCUGAGCUCCGGACUGACAGCCGCCUGCUGUCCGAAUCAAAGGUGGUGGACACCAGAAGCUGCUCUCCUCCUGGAUAGAAAUGUCUGCUCAGAUGUUAGAGAAGCAGGCUGGACCAGCUGAGGAUCGGAGGAUGUGGUGAAAUCCGUCCAAACCCCGCGAUGUUACGGAUGUUUGGAGGAAACAAGGCGCUCAUUUCUGGCUCCAGUUUAACCUUCUUUUAAUCAACGAGCUCUGUGGACCUCCAUCCCCAAACGAUGACAUCCCCCGACUCGCCUCCCCUCGUCUCCCCUUCUCCAUGUCCAGCGCCUCCUCCAUCCCUGCCCUCCUCCCCGCUUCCUACCUCCCCGGCCCCGUCCUCCUCCUCCCUCCCCGCCCCGCCCUCGCUGCCCCCCACGGGUGAGGUGAUGGUGCUGGCUCUGGGCAGGAAGAAGCAGCGCGUGCUGAUCGCUCUCUCCAUCCUACCCAACCUUUUCCUGGCCUUCCUGCUCUCCUCCGACCCCCUCAUCACCCUCUCCCCUCCCCACCACUGCCGCCUGCCCGGCCCGUCGCCUGCGCCGGAGGUCCUGAACGCCUCCCUUCCCUGGGAGAAGGGGGUGAGGCCCGGGGAGACGGGGAGCCCAUCGCAGUGUAAGCAGUACGCGAACAGCAGCCAGUCGGCCGUGGUGGACUGCGAGGGCGGAUGGGACUACAACGUCACAGAGGGGCUGAAGAACAACAUCGUGACGGAGUGGGAUCUGGUGUGCGCCCAGUACUGGCUGGUUCCGGUGGAGGAGGUGUGCUUCAUCCUGGGCGUUCUGAUGGGCUGCCUCGGCCUGGGCUACGCUGCUGACAGGCUGGGCCGCUCCAAAACCCUGCUGAUCUCCCUCACCCUGUCGGUGGUGUUCGGGGUGCUGGUGUGUGUCUCUCCGUACCCCUCCAUCUUCAUCGUCAUGCGGUUCUGCCUGGCUGCCGCCAGUGCAGGCGUCUAUCUAACCCUGUAUAUCACCCGUCUGGAGCUCUGUGAGCCGUCCCUCCGGCUUGUGGCGACCAUGCUGGCCGGACUCAUGACUGUGGCAGGAGAGCUGCUGCUGCUGGCCGUGGCCCUGGGCUGCCAGUCCUGGAGGGGUCUGCUGGGAGCUGGGGCGGCCCCUCUAACACUCUUCCUCAGCUAUGGUAUUCCCGGUGUGUUCCCAGAGUCUCCUCGCUGGCUCCUCCUCACAGAGCGAUCGGCAGACAUGAACGCCUUCAACGAGAGAAGGAACUCCAACCGAGACCUGAGGGAUGACGAGAGCUUCACAGAGCUGGACUCAGAGCCGGUGCCGUCCUCCCGCCCCCACCUGUCCUUCCCUGAGCUUUUCCACAGCAAGAACAUCUGGAAGAACCUGUGCGUCCUCGGCUUCACCUCAUUCAUCUCUCAUGGCAUUAGUCACUGCUACAGCUCUUUCCGUGGUGACGUCAGAGGCACCGCCCCCAGCUUCUACUGGACCUACCUGCUGUCUGUGAGCGCGGGAGGCGGCGCCUGGCUGCUGCUGUGGGCGACGGUGGACAGGUGCGGUCGCCGUGGCAUCCUGCUGCUGUUCAUGACGAUGACGGGCCUGGCCUCUUUGAUCCUCCUGGGACUCAUGGAGUGUAAGCUGGCUUUGGAGGGCAGCGGGGAGCUACGUCUCGCUUUUCUGCAUAAAUAUGAACUCAGGCUGGGGCUUUUCUCCUCCCAAGCCACCGCAUCCCUCUGCGUCUUUUUCACCGCAGAGAUCAUGCCAACCAUCAUCAGGGGCAGUGGCGUGGGCGCCGUGCUCGCCCUGGGCUGCGUGGGCCGCCUCAGCUCCCCCAUCAUGGACCUGAGGAACCACUACGGCUACUUCCUGCAUCACGUCAUCUACUCGUCUCUGGCGCUCCUGGCCGUGCUCUCCAUCCUGCUGCUGCCAGAGAGCAAGAGGAAGCCUCUGCCUCAGACGCUGGGGGACGGGGAGCAGUACAGACGACCCCCGCUGGGCCGCAGGAGGAGGGACAACGUGCCGCUGCUCGCCACCCCCAACCCAGAGACCUGAGAGGAGAGCGGUGCAGCGAACAGAGGGCUGAAUGGAGAGAAAAGGGCUGCGAAAGACUUUAUGCUUUCUUAACAUAUCAUAUCACACUCAUGUCAUUCCGAACGCAGACGGACUGGUUGAUCUGCCACACACCUCUCUGUUUCUCCUAACACCAUCCAGGAAGCUCUCAUCUUCUGCUAAGAGGCUCACCAGCAUCCCGCUACGCCUCCCUCCCUCCAUCCUCCGUGUGUCUGCUGUAGAGACGGCGUCCUCUGAUCAGGCUGCAGUCCUUUCUAACUGCUCCUGCCGUUUGUCUUAACCUACAUGGAGGAUUUUCUGUCUGUUUUUGCUGAGGGGGAGCACAGGAUAUGUUCUCAAGUUUAUCUUUUUUUUAAAUAAGUCGUUUAUGGUCCGACCUGGCAGUGAAGCCGAGGAGGACAGAAGCGGUAACAGAAACGCCUUGUAAAUACUCUAGAUUUUUGGAUUUCUUGGGGGGCGUCUGAGUUUUGUUUUAACACAAACUCUGAGGCUGGAAGCAUCCAGUAUGCUAUGCAUUGGGUGAAGGAAGUAGAGCACUUUGCAAAUCUUUUUUGUUUUUUGUCCAUUUUUAAUAAUAAGUUAAUUUGACAAAUUUUAAUUUAGAGAACAAGCCUGUGAAUCAGAUUCUAAUCAGAAGUUUCCUGUUUGGAAAGCAUUGAGAAAAUCUGGCCUGGAGCCAGAAAUAUUUAUAUUAUUUAUGUUUUUAAAUCAAAUCAGCUAAACCUUAACUAGCUGAAACGGAUUCAUUCCCCCCCUCCCCUCCCGUCCAUACUGGGAUAUCAGCAUGUUUGAAGGCUAGUUUUCUCGCACUCUUAAGACUCUCAUACUUCUCUAGAUCCAUAGUGUAAGCUGAGAGAUGAUGGAGGGAUACGAGCAAGAAGAAAUGGUAAUCCGGAUUAGAGGCGUCUCCGUUACAAUCUGUCAUGGAAAUAGAAAAGAGAGAAAAGCCGUUUGAAUGUUUGUGAUGCUGGAGAAAAGGGCCCAUAAGCAUGCUCUGUGAUGAGGGGCCCCUGAGGCCCUAAUUGAUCAAUCAUCCAGGCUCAGUUACACUUACAGGGUUCCUGCAUAGUUUGGAAAAAGUCUGGAUUUACACUUCAGGUAUUUUCCAGAGAACAAAAGUGAUUAUAAAAAAAAAUAUAUAUAUAUAUUUCCAUAUUCUGUUUUUCAUUGUCUAAAUGUGAUCUUCUUUCCUUGUUUCCUUUCUUCUUUCUUUUUCUUUAGUUACCGUCCUUGUGUCCUUCCUUCCUUCUUUCCUUAUACUUUCUCUCUUUUCUUGGAGCCUCUUUGCUUCCUUGUGUCCCUCCUACAUUUCUUUCUUUCUUUCUUCUUUCCUUCCUUUUGAUUUGUCCUGUUUUUAAAUGAAUGUCAAAAACUUGGAACUCUGGGAAUCUGAGUCUUAAAAAAAAAAUCUAGUUUUUACAUGAAAAAUGUGUUGCUUCUGUAAUCUGACUCCUUCAGAAAGUCGCGCUACAGGAAGGACAGUCAAGAGCAAGUAAAUAUUUUACAGACUGCUAAUGUUUAUGGGCUCAUUAUCUUUGGUUUGUAGCAUUAAAGGGAAUAGAGAGGCGGGGAGUUAAUUUGAGUUUUUGAAGAAACACUGUGGUUAGCGUUCUCACCUUUUUAUCCCUCUCUGUAUGUUGCACUCAACACCUCUAACACUUAUGCGCUACUUUUUAUCACUAAUCAGGCUUGAAUAUAAAGAUGUCUGACAGGAGCUGUUCAAUGAUGAGUUUGAUGCAUUUAAUUUUGAUUUUAUGUAAAUUAAAA